UGGAACGUGGGAAUCUUUGUAGAAAGGAAGGAACCCACGACCCAACCAGGCAGCGGCUGUGUUAACCGGGAACCUUCCACUUCAAGCCAGAAGCAGAGGCCGAACGGGGCGGCUGACUGGUGGCGUCCGUGAACGAACGAGGGCAGAGUUUGGUUUCAUCAUGGCUUGUUGGGUCUGAGGAGCAGCCAUCAUGAUCGGAGGAUUGUUCAUCUACAACCACAAGGGGGAGGUCCUCAUCUCUCGGGUCUACCGAGAUGAUAUAGGGCGCAACGCAGUGGACGCGUUCCGCGUGAACGUGAUCCACGCUCGACAGCAGGUGCGCUCGCCGGUGACCAACAUCGCUCGCACCAGCUUCUUCCACGUGAAGCGCUCCAACAUCUGGCUGGCGGCCGUCACCAAGCAGAACGUCAACGCCGCCAUGGUCUUUGAGUUCCUCUACAAGAUGUGCGACGUCAUGACGGCCUACUUUGGCAAGAUCAGCGAGGAGAACAUCAAGAACAACUUUGUGCUCAUCUACGAGCUGCUCGACGAGAUUCUGGACUUUGGUUACCCUCAGAACUCCGAAACUGGAGCUCUGAAGACCUUCAUCACUCAGCAGGGUAUUAAGGGACAGCACCAGACAAAAGAGGAGCAGUCUCAAAUCACCAGCCAGGUAACGGGGCAGAUCGGCUGGCGUCGCGAGGGCAUCAAAUAUCGCCGCAACGAACUCUUCCUGGAUGUAUUGGAGAGCGUCAACCUGCUGAUGUCGCCACAAGGUCAGGUCCUGAGCGCCCACGUGUCCGGCCGAGUGGUGAUGAAGAGCUACCUGAGCGGAAUGCCCGAGUGCAAAUUCGGCAUGAACGACAAGAUCGUCAUCGACAAGCAGGGCAAAGGCGGAGCGUCCGACGAUGCUGGGAAGAGUGAUUUAGGGGGAGGAAGCGGGAAGCAGUCUAUCGCUAUCGACGACUGCACCUUCCACCAGUGCGUGCGCCUCAGCAAGUUUGACUCGGAGCGUAGCAUCAGUUUCAUCCCCCCUGACGGAGAGUACGAGCUCAUGAGGUAUCGCACCACUAAGGACAUCAUCCUGCCGUUCCGCGUCAUCCCUCUGGUCCGUGAGGUUGGUCGCACCAAGCUGGAGGUGAAAGUGGUCAUCAAGUCCAAUUUCAAGCCAUCGCUUUUGGCCCAGAAGAUCGAGGUCCGCAUCCCGACGCCCCUCAACACCAGCGGCGUGCAAGUGAUUUGCAUGAAGGGAAAAGCCAAGUACAAGGCCAGUGAGAAUGCCAUUGUCUGGAAGAUCAAACGCAUGGCGGGAAUGAAGGAGUCUCAGAUCAGCGCCGAGAUUGAGCUGUUGCCGACCAACGACAAGAAGAAAUGGGCCCGACCCCCCAUCUCCAUGAACUUUGAGGUGCCCUUUGCUCCGUCUGGCCUCAAAGUGCGCUACUUAAAGGUGUUUGAGUCCAAGCUCAACUACAGUGAUCACGACGUGAUCAAAUGGGUGCGCUACAUCGGCCGCUCGGGCAUCUACGAGACGCGCUGCUGAAGUUGAACGUCGCAGCCGCCCCCAUCCAUCCUUUUACUGAAUUUCACAGUUCCUCUUUGUCUCUCCCCUCCCAUUUAUUCUUAGCGCUUCUCUUAUACGCUCGCCUCCUAACUAGGUGUUGGAGAUUGACUUGACAUCAUUGAAAGAAAGAGAAAAAAAAAAGUCAAUAUGGCAUCAUGCCCGGAUAUAUGCAAAACGUGAAUUAUUGUAUCGUAUAUCUCGUAGUGAUGAGUAAAGCAGGCGCUAAGGCAAGUGCAGCAAGGGGGCGCCGUCGUGUUCAUUCAGUGUUAUUCUGCUACCACUCGACAGAAAUGGACUUGCAUUUGUCCUGCGCCACUUCAACGUUAGAAUUCUUCUCUCUGGUAAGAUGACGUGUAGCUGUUGUGGUUUCACAUGAAUCUUGAUAUAGUUCUUGUGUAUGAGUAGUCCACCCUUCAAAAUAAAUGUCCCCUGGAGCUCCCCUUCUGUAUUGUUGCCCACCUCAACUGCACUCUAAAGUGACAUUCCAGACUUGAUGAGCUCAGCUAGUUGGUCACCCCCCCCCCCCCCCCAUUUGUUUUGAUUUUUAAAAAGGAAAAAACAACAACUCUUCCUUAAUGUAUCUAAAGCACUAAGACCAACUUCUUCCAACGUUACAACUCUAUCGAAAGGUGUCGGCAAAUCAGGCCCCUCUCCCUGCACUAUGAUUUAGAGGUGAUGUCUCCUCCUUGUGUUCACCUUUCCACUGUCCACUUCUUCAUAUUUGUAGUCCUGGUGAUCGUUCGGUCCAAUAAAAUCUGACUGUAUCCAAAAA